AUGGUGCAUUUCUUCCUUGUUCAUGUGAUGGUCGAUGAAUGCCAAAAGGAAGAGAAGGGCAUUGAUUUAGGACAGAGACGAAAAAAAAAAAAAACUACGGAUAAACGCCUAUCCGAUGGUAUUUUCUUUCUUGAGCUUCUUAGUGUAGUGGAAAAGAGGGUGGUAAACUGGGGUCUUGUUACCAAGGGAGAGACCGAGGAGGAUAAGAAGUUAAACGCAACGUAUAUAAUUAGUGUUGCAAGAAAACUUGGGUGUUCUAUCUUCUUAUUGCCUGAAGAUAUUCUUGAGGUUAACCCGAAGAUGAUUUUGAUCCUAACAGCGAGCAUUAUGUACUGGAGCUUAUUACAGAAAGCUAAAGUUAAUGAGGACGAUAGACCACCAGAUGAAGCCACUGUUGCAACAGAAGAAGUAGAGGGAAAUCCAGCCAUGGAUGAAGCUGCUACUGAUGAUGGUGGUACUGGUACCACAGACAAAGAAGAAACGGUAACAGAAGAAGGGAAUAGUUAG